GUCAGAAUGAAUAUUUCUCCAAAAGUUCAUGACUGGAAGGAUUGAUGUGAAGCAAAAUGGAGUCUUUUACCCUCAUUUACUACAAUCACUGGAUUGUUGCAUGGUUUAUAAGCAAGAAAUAAAGAGUUGGGUUGCAGUGAGUAGUUCUCUUUCCUUUCCUGCUCAUAAACAGAUACUGUCUCCCUUCCCAACACACACUGAGAAAUCCAAAGUUCCAGAUAGAGACACAGUCCACCCCCACCCCUUCCCUCAUCCCAAUGCUUUUAUCCCACCUACACUUCCUUUUCCUCUCCACUUCCCCUUCUUCUAGUUGUAGAACCCCCCCCACUUCCCCUUCCUCCUUCCCUUCUCCUUCUCUAUAAGACUUGACCUCCGUCUCUUCCGUUGAUCCCCAUCCUCGCUCUCUUUCGUCCUUUCUCCUCCGCCCAUUUUGUUUCCUUCACAAAAAAUGGCGAAACUUUGUGCUUCUCGCUCGCAGGCGGAGGACUCGACCGCCCGCCUCGCCUUCGUCUAUGACUGAGCUCAAAGGUGCCUCCUUUACUCUACUGCUGCUGCUUGUUCGUUCUUAUCGGCGUCGCCUAGCCUUCGGCUCCUCGGGGGACGGAUGAACAGCACCACGGCGGCGGCGGGGAUGGGGAUGGGGGGCCGGGCGCCGUUCACGGCGGCGCAGUGGCAGGAGCUGGAGCACCAGGCAUUGAUCUAUAAGUACCUGAUGGCGGGGGUGCCCGUGCCGCCGGAGCUCGUGAUUCCCAUCCAGAGGAGCUUUGAGGCCUUGGCUGGGCGAUACUACCACCACCCUGCGCUAGCUUACUGUUCCUACUAUGGAAAGAAGCUAGACCCUGAACCAGGGCGGUGCCGCCGAACCGAUGGGAAGAAGUGGCGGUGCUCCAAGGAUGCGCACCCCGACUCCAAGUAUUGCGAGCGCCACAUGCAUCGUGGCCGCAACCGUUCAAGAAAGCCUGUGGAAUCACAAUCCGCCUCCCAAAUGCAGUCAUCCUCAUCUACUGUGACCUCCAUUGCUCCUGCCGGUAGUGGUGGCGGUGGUAAUGGUGGGGGAAGCUUCCAGAGCAUUCCCCAGCUCUCGGUUGCAGGUCAUAGCAAUACACAACAAAGCUUAUGCCUGGGGACCUCCAGCUCCUCUCAGCUGCCAUUGGGCCCUGGUCCUUUUGGCAACAGGUACUUCUGUGGUGUUAAACCUGGGGCGGACGAGCACAAUUUCUUCUCAGAAACUUCUGGAAGUACAAGGCAUCUUGGAAUGGAUUCAAUUGACGGCUCAUGGCGCUUGAUGCCAUCCCAAGUGUCUUCAUUUCCACCAUCAGAAGCUCGAGGUCCUUCUCUUCUGCAGAGUGCUUGCCCUCCACCUCAGUCAGUUCAAGAUCUUGGGCAGGUCUCAUUCAGCUCAAUAUCAAAACAACAGCAGCAGCAUUCCUUUGUCGGGAGCAAGUUUGAUUCACCACAGCCCGCGAAGCAUGAAAGCCAAUUCCUCCGGCCUUUCUUUGACGAGUGGCCUAAGACGAGAGACUCUUGGUCUGAUCUAGAAGAAGAUCGAUCCAACCGAGCAUCAUAUUCCACAACCCAGCUCUCGAUUUCCUUUCCCAUGGCCUCCUCGGACUUCUCUACCUCCUCUUCCAGGUCACCCAAACAUGAUUGAAAGAAAAGCACUUCGAUCGUUGGGUGCCGACUCCAAAUGGCAUUCAAUGUUCUUGCUUCUUAGUGCAUUUUUAGGAGAUUGUCUCAAGUUUGCCAUCAUCUCUCUUGAUGUGGUAGAACCUUUUCAAUUCCCUGAUGUUGCUGAUUUCUUGUAUUGAAACUGUAUGUGGAAGAUGUAUGCAAAAGUUGUCAUUUUGGUCAUC